AUGGCCGAUUCAGCUACCCCAGCGCACCUCGACCCUUCCGACCUCGGCACAAAGGAAUACUGGGACACGCUCUACGAAAAGGAACUCACCAACCACGCCGAGAACCCAGCCGACGAAGGGACAGUCUGGUUCGACGACUCGGACGCCGAGCACAAGAUUGUCGAGUUCCUGGAGAACAACAACAUCACCAGCAGCGAGCUAGGAUUCAAUCUCGACCGCGAGUCCGCCGCCGUGCUCGACCUCGGCUGCGGCAACGGCAGCUUGCUGUUUGCGCUGCGCGACGCCGGGUGGAACGGCCGCUUGCUGGGCGUGGACUACAGCGAGCGGAGCGUGGAGCUGGCGCAGCGCGUGGGCGUCUCGAGGGGCGUGCUGCGGGAGGAAGAAGGGGAGGCGGAAGAGAGGGUGGUCGAGUUCAGAGUCUGGGAUGUGCUCCGCGGUGCGCUCGACGAUGUCCGCGCAACGACACCACCACCACCACCACCACCACCACCAGCAGCGGCGGCGGCGAUGACACAAGACAAGGAGGGAGAAGGGGGGAAUAGCGCAGCAGCAGCAGGGUGGGAUAUAGUCCUCGACAAAGGCACCUUCGACGCGGUGAGCCUGUCGGGGGAGCGUGACACGCAGGGGCGGCGGGUUUGCGAAGGGUACGGGGAGCGGGUGCUGCAGCUGCUCCGGACGGGCGGGAUAUUCGUUGUCACGAGCUGCAACUGGACCGAGAAGGAGCUGCGGGACUGGUUUGAGACCAAGACCGAGGCGCUACCCGAGACCGGGGCGAGGCUGAGACUUGCUGGGAGGAUAGAGUACCCCAGCUUCAGCUUUGGCGGCGUCAAGGGCCAGACGAUUAGUACCUUGUGCUUUGAGAAGAUCCUAGCUUAG